UGCAAGCUGUUUUCGCAUGUAUUUCACACCCCCACACCAGGUGGCGGUAUCCCCUUCACUAAUCCUGCACUUGGCUCUCAAAGCCCCUCUUGCACGGCUGGCGCUCUUCCAUUGUUUAUAGGGCGGGUCUGCUUCUGCGCAGCUCCUUUUGGAAUGUGCAGCGCAUGCGCAGACUCGCAGGGUGUAGAAUCCUGCGCUACUGGAACUCAAAGAUAAACAACAACAAACGCUAGAAGCAGAGAAAGAAAAAUACUAAAUGCAGCAGAUGAUGUUAAAACACAGCUACUAAACAGAAUCCUGCGUGCUGCCAUGGACAGUGUGAAGAUGGAAUCUGUCCAGAUUAAAGAGGAGUUCCUUGAACUUGUCCCCAUUAGAGUGGAGUUCUCUGGGCUGGCUUCCCUCCCCAUUAAACAGGAGCUCUGUGAGAUGCAAUUUGACAGCAGUCAGCCAGAGGACUCUGACAUUAAAGCUGAGCACAAUGAAUUGGAGAUCCCCCAGACAGAAGAACCCCUUCCUGUGAAACAAGAAGAGGUGCUGGAAACUGUCCGUAUUAAACAGGAGCCUGAAGGAGUAUUGAAGGAAGAAUCCAAGGACUUCAAACCAAACAUCCCUAAGCUGGAGCCUGUACGCCUGCGGGAGUGUAGCGUGGUGCUGGAGAGAAUCUGUGUGAGAGAGCAAGGCGCUGGAGAGGAAGGCUCUCCCAACAGCACGCAAGGAGGUGGAAAGGAAGACGGGCGCUCCCAUUCAGAAUGCAGUCUAGCAGGUUCCAGUCCAGUAGCUAAAGCGAGGGCGGGCGGUGGAGAAUAUCCUGACUGUGGGAAAGGGUUCAUCCAGUUAGGGCAUUUAAAACAAAAACAGAGCAUUCACACAAGAAAGAAACUGUGUCGCUGCUCGGACUGCGGGAAGAGUUUCAGUCGAAUAGAUGGUCUUGUUUCACACCAGCGAAUUCACACAGGAGAGAAACCAUAUCGCUGCUCUGACUGUGGGAAGAGUUUCAGUCAGUCAAACAACCUCAAAAAACACCAGCGAACUCACACAGGAGAGAAACCUUAUCACUGCUCGGACUGUGGGAAGAGUUUCAGUCGAAUAGAUGGUCUUGUUUCACACCAGCGAAUUCACACAGGAGAGAAACCGUAUCACUGCUCUGACUGCGGGAAGAGUUUCAGUCAGUCAAACAACCUCAAAAAACACCAGCGAACUCACACAGGAGAGAAACCUUAUCACUGCUCGGACUGUGGGAAGAGUUUCAGUCGAAUAGAUGGUCUUGUUUCACACCAGCGAAUUCACACAAGAGAGAAACCGUAUCACUGCUCUGACUGCGGGAAGAGUUUCAGUCAGUCAAACAACCUCAAAAAACACCAGCGAACUCACACAGGAGAGAAACCUUAUCGCUGCUCUGACUGCGGGAAGAGUUUCCGUCGAAUAUACAGUCUUGUUUCACACCAGCGAAUUCACACAGGAGAGAAACCAUAUCGCUGCUCUAACUGUGGGAAGAGAUUCAGUCGAAUAGACCAUCUUGUUUUACACAAGCGAAUUCACACAGGAGAGAAACCGUAUCACUGCAAGGACUGCGGGAAGAGUUUCAGUCGAAUAGAUGGUCUUGUUUCACACCAGCGAAUUCACACUGGAGAGAAACCUUAUCACUGCUCUGACUGCGAGAAGAGUUUCAGUCAGUCAGACAGCCUCAAAAAACACCAGCGAAUUCACACAGGCGAGAAACCAUAUCACUGCUCUGACUGUGGAAAGAGUUUCUGUCAGUCAAACAACCUUGUUUCACACCAGCAAACUCACACAGGAGAGAAACCGUAUCGCUGCUCUGACUGUGGGAGGAGUUUCCGUCGGUCAAACAGCCUUGUUUCACACCAGCGAACUCACACAGGAGAGAAACCUUAUCCCUGCUCGGACUGUGGGAAGAGUUUCACUCUGUUAGGCAACCUCAAAAAACACCAGCGAACUCACACAGGAGAGAAACCAUAUCACUGUUCUGAUUGUGGGAAGAGUUUCAGUCUGUCAGGAAACUUGAAGACACACCAGCGAAUUCACACAGGAGAGAAACCGUAUCACUGCUCUGACUGUGGGAAGAGUUUCAUUCAGUCUGGACACUUUGUUUUACAUCAGCGAAUUCACAGAGGAGAGAAACCGUAUUUCUGCUCUGACUGUGGGAUGAGUUUCAGUCGGUCAGACAGCCUUGCUUCACACCAGCGAAUUCACAAAGGAGAGAAACCAUUUUGCUGCAGUGACUGUGGGAAGAGUUUCAGGAGGACAAGCAGCCUUGCUUCACACCAGCGAAUUCACACAGGAAUCAAACCUUAUCGCUGCUCUGACUGUGGGAAGAGUUUCAGUGUUUCAGGAACCCUGAAAAAACACCAGCUAAGUCACACAGGAGAGAAACCAUAUCACUGUUCUGACUGUGGGAAGAGUUUCAGUCAGUCAAACAGCCUUGUUGUCCACCAGCGAAUUCACACAGGAGAGAAACUAUAUUGCUGCUCCGACUGUGGGAAAAGUUUCACUCGGUCAGACAGCCUUGUUUCACACCAACGAAUUCACACAGGAGAGAAACCGUAUCAGUGUUCUGACUGUGGAAAGAGUUUCAGUAAGACAGGCAGCCUUGUUUCACACCAGCGAAUUCACACAGGAGUGAAACCUUAUCGCUGCUCUGACUGUGGGAAGAGUUUCAGUCUGUCAGGAACCCUGAAAAAACACCAGCGAAUUCACACAGGAGAGAAACCCUAUCACUGCUCUGACUGUGGGAAGAGUUUCAGUCGGUCAAACAGCCUUGUUGUCCACCAGCGAAUUCACACAGGAGAGAAACCGUAUUGCUGUUCCGACUGUGGGAAGAGUUUCAAGCAUUCAGUAUCCAUGAAAGCACACCAGCGAAUCCACAGAGGAGAGAAACCUUAAAGACCAUGUUCAAUGGGACUUUACACUCAUGAGGGAAAAAAUGUUAACCUUGCAAUUACUGUUUUGUGUCAGAAAGUGUGCGGAGACGCGGACACGUCACAAGAGGCUUCUCUGCUGUCAGUUUAACUCAGGCUGUCAAUGCAGUCAGUGCCUGGGAGCGGGAAUAUGCAGAAAGGAAACUAUUCUGCACCUCAUCUGAUGGACGAGUCAGGAGAAAUUGAUAACUCAGUGUGGGGAAUGAGCUUCAGGGUUUAGCAUUUAAACUGCAUAGACUUGAAAAUAAAUACAUGGAUGGGAACGAGUAUCCCGACCCCGGUAUGUAGCAUCCCAGAGACAAGACUGCACCGUCCUUACUGGACAACCGCCUGGAGGGUUUGUCUUGUACAUUCAUCAUGAUUCUAAAACUAAUGAAAAAUGAUAGUGUCCCAUGGCUGUAUUAUAACAUGAAUUGCUGAAUAUUGCGUGAUGUGUAGCUUUGCAAUGUGCAUUGUCCAUGCUUGUAUUUGUGCUGCUCUUGUGAACUUCCCUGAGUAAUAGCAGUGUAGCAAGCAUGUGUACGGAUCUUAGGUACAGAAAGCCAAAUUGUGUAACCUGAGUUGUAAUGAGACCUGACUGUUCAAUUAAACCUUGUGUGUGCUGAUUGGAUGAUUUGAUUGAUAUACAACAGGAUACUAAACCAUGCUAAAGAAAGAACAGAAUACUGCACUGCUCUGUAUCACCAGGAUGUGUAAGCAAUGUGCAUUUCAAUACCUUCCUGCAUUGCUUGCUGUUCUCCAAGUUUAAUAAAGUAUUAGUAUUAAA